CAGUCCCCUCCCCGUCGGGUCGCUAUUUACAAACUUCCCCUCUCGAGCGCUUUUGCUUAUUCGCGACGAUCACCCACGCGAGAGCUCUCGCCCGAUCUCUGUUCUCCUCCGUCGUUGAUCCCUGAUUGGGUCGGCGGAAAGAGAUCUCGGCGUGGGGCGGUCGAUCAGCCGAUCAGGUUUCCCGGCGGGCAAUGGCCUCGUCCACUCAGGGUUUAGUGCCCAUCACCAGGGCUUACUUGGCCCACUACUACGACAAGUACCUCUUGCCUCCGCUGCCGGAGGAUGUCGCCCGGUUGACUGCAGAACUUCGAAAGCUGUCCGAUGGGCUGGCGAGCGAGUUCCCCCUUACGGAAGCUGAGGAGCUCUUGGUUCAAGAAGUGGAUAGCCAACCUGCUCAUAAGGUUGAUCAGAAUUUGUGGAAGAACAGGGAGAACCUUGAAGAAAUUUUAUUUUUACUCGAUCAAGCUCAUUGGCCAAGAAUGUUUCAAGAGAAAGCCAACCGUGAAGAUGUAGCUAUAAUUGCUACACUUGGAGAACUUGAGACGAAGCUUAGGAACACUUUGAAGAUACUAGAGGUGUUUCAGCAAAAAAAUGCUGAUCAUGUGUUUAAUAUAGUUAUGACUUACAUGCCACAAGACUUCAGAGGCACUCUUAUCAGACAACAAAAAGAGCGUUCAGAGAGGAACAGGCAAGCAGAGGUUGAUGCUUUGGUUAAUUCUGGGGGAACCAUACAUGAUCGGUACACUUUGUUGUGGCAGCAACAAAUGGAUAGAAGGAACCAAUUAGCUCAACUUGGUUCUGCAACAGGCGUAUAUAAGACACUUGUCAAGUACUUAGUUGGUGUGCCACAGGUUUUAUUGGAUUUUAUACGCCAAAUAAAUGAUGAUCAAGGGCCAAUGGAAGAACAGCGCUCUCGCUACGGGCCAUCUCUUUACAAGCUUACAACCAUGGUGCUAACUAUCAGAUUGUUUCUUCUUCUUUCGUGGGGUCAUUUUGAGGAGAAAAAAAUAGCGAAGGAUGAACUAUCCCUUUUGCAGCAAACUAUCCAUCUCUACACCUCUGAAUUUGAGAAAUUCAUCGCAUUUAUUGGUGAGGUGUUCUCAAACUCACCAUUUUUCAUUAAAGCAGAGGAUGCAGGAGCCCUCGAGUCAAGGAAUAAUGAUGAUUAUAAAGAAAUCAUCGUACCCGCAGGGAAAACACAUGAGGUAACAUUGGCAGUUGAAUCUGUAAAUUCAUACAUCGCGUGGGAUUUCUCAUUGAUUCAAGGGUCACUUAGCAUGGAUAUUGGUUUCCGCAUUGAGUAUGUAAGUCCAUCUGGUGGAACAACGUUAAUCUUACCAUACAGGAGAUAUGAAUCCGACCAAGGCAAUUUCUCCACUAUCUUGACUGGAUCAUACAAACUAAUUUGGGACAACUCAUAUUCAACAUUUUUCAAAAAGAGCUUGCGGUACAAGGUGGAUGCCAUACCCCCUGUUUCCGAUACACCAUAACACUUUCAAUCCUGAUCGAAUUCUCAUUGGGUUAGUCUAUACACCCUGGACCAUAUCAUGUAACUAUUAACAAUUCUUUUACACCAUUUGUCUUUCUUUGCAUUGAAUGAAGAUCAUAUAGCUCGAAUCACUUGCAACUAAACUGCAUGCUUCAAACUGAUACUGUACUUGUCAUGAAGAUGUAUAUCUGGUAAUCUGAAACUGUACCUUUGGUGAAGUUUGCAAGUUUCUUUGCUAUGAAUAUGGUUUUGCAAGUUGUAUAUUUUAUGUAAUUAAAUGAUGACAAUAUAGGUUUUAAGUUUCAUAGAAUAA